CGUCAUCAUUUAUGAGACACGAGAUGAGAAUGGUCGGUCCACUAUAGCCUGUCAGGUUCUGUGUGUUUUCUUGGAUAUUAUUGUUAAAGACUAGGAAAAAUCAACUCGGGAUGUAUAGCGGACUUCUUCCAAAAGGUCUAUCAGAAGCAGAGCUUAGUUCUGACGAUUCUGAUACGUGUGCAGGGGACCGUGAUGAUGAUGCUACUGAAGACAAUGUGAGAGAAUGUAAACAAAAUGCUAACGUUAACGCACUCGUAUCCAGUGAAACUUCAGCUACACAUGGUGAGACUCUUGAGUUUGUAGACAACACUGGGCCCAGUCAUUCCUCAAAUGCAUGCUUACCCGGCAUCUCUGAAGAGAUGUGGAAUAAGUUCAAACACCUUCAGAAGCAAAAGGACGACCAAAAGGGAGAGUUACCAUCAACAAAGCGAAAAAGAAAGCGAAGAGCGAAAAGAAAAUCUUCUGACCCACACAACAAGGAAUCUAAUCAGGUGGAGGAAGUACAUGCACCAGAAAAACACCUCGAAGGACUGAAGCAGUAUUUUGGCAUCAAUGAUAGGUUUGAACCCCCAGCGUGUAGCAGGCCGCCUCCUAAAUCGGGCCUUGAAAAGACUAUUGAGAGUGCUAUUGAAGCAGGAGACUUUGAAAAGGCAGAGGAGCUCAGUGACCGUCUAGCCACUCGAGAGCUGGGUGUUAAAAUCAAGAACGCGGUUGACUGCCGUGAUUUUGUGCAAGCUAAUCAGGAAAUGGAGGCCUCCAAGGCAGCCCAGAAAAGAAAGAAGACUCUUGUUUGGGGCUUUGAGGCAAAGAGGAGAUGGGAAACUAAAAGCAACAUGGGCUAUAUGUGAGACUGACACGAGCUCUUGCUUGUCAACAAACUAUUUUGUUUCAGUUUCAGUUUCAUGUUAAUUGUAUUGAAUUAAAAGUCACAUUAGCUUUCCCAUUA